AUGGUACCACACAGGGAGCAUAUCCAGCGAUGUCACAUCCCGGAAGGUUUUAUCAAGUCCUUGAUCUGCAACCGUUGUCACCAGGGCUUUUUGACACAAGACCUGCUUGUCCAGCACCAGCGCCAGGAAGAUGCAUGUCCUAUCAUGGAACCUGACGUUACUGCAGGCAAGGUCACCCUGGAGCAAGCGGCCAAGUUGACAGCCGCCAAAAAGAAGAAGCCCAAUAUGAGCGACGAGAUGAGGUGGUUUGGCUUCUACGACAUUAUUUUCCCUGGCCAGGACCCGGCGCAUAGGCCAUCAACACCCUACCAUGAGCCUUUGAUCAAUCCAACAUCGGACAACUCCAGUGCGCCAGCCUCUAUCAGCAUUUCUCGUUAUCGGGAUAGCUUUAUUGGGCCGUCAAACUCAACAAAGAAGCGGAAACUGGAAGAAAAACUUAAAUGUUGGGGAGUUCCAGACCCACGGUUAUGCAGAGUGAUUGCAGCCAAAGUACAGGAAUAUCAGGUUCAAGAUCUUCAAGACUUUAUGGAGGCAAGUGCCGAUACUUCCAAUAUUGAGGUUGCCACCGAGUCCAACCCCCCACAACAAGACCUGGAUGGCUGCUGUGAAUUCGACUUUGCACAAUUCAACGCAUCGGACCUGUUCUUCGACCAGGAUAUUUGA